CCACAGUAAUAAUUACAAAAUUAGCUUUUUUUCCCGUGAAAAUUCUCUAAAAUGUAAGAACUCUAAAAAUAGAGUGGAGGUGGAUUGGACAGUUUGCAGAUUAUGAGUUGGAAUAAAAACAUCUCAGUUAAGCCAAAAACAUGGCAACCAAUAUUUUCUGUUAUAAAAAUAUUUUAGAUGAAUUUAUUUUUUUUUGGGAAAGCUGUCUGAAACCGAAGUGAAUAGCAGAAGCUCUCUGUUUAUUCACAGGCCAGCAGUAGCAAUACCUGCUGCACAAAAUAUUCAUAUUUUGUAUGCACAAGCCAACAAGCCUGCACUUCUGUUAGAAGUCAGCUUUGCCAAGUGACGGGUAAAGAUAUUACCCGGUGAUGCUCUGAACUAUUAACCUUCACCUUCAUAAAGCUCGGCAAGGAAAACACAAGGCAGAGCCUCUAUACAGGAAAUUGACAUUAACUGUCCACUAGAGGCUGUAAUGAGACCACAUGUCACUUUAGCACAACCCGAGGUUUAAAGCUAACAAUCACAGAUUUUUGAAAUGAAAAGAAAAAGGGGGAAAAGUUGUAGAAACAAGUGACAGUGAGCAGUAGUAUUCUAUUUAAGUAGCCAUGUAGCUGUGCACAGCAUUUCAAAAUGUGAGAAAAAAAUAUUCCGGGUCCUCUACACCUUCCUCCUUCGUGUGCUUAUUUUUAUUUCUGGCGCUACAAUAGAGUUGGUUAAAAGCUGACACAUUUCUUGGUGAUUCUGUAUUCCUGCUUCCGUUGGUGACUAACCGUUAGGUCAUAAGUAAACUGAGCCAAAAGGUCUCUCAAAUACAGCUUACGGUCAAUAGCGGUGCCUUCCAGAGAAAAACGGAGGGAUCGGGUUUCUAGACACUUAGUUCUAAGCACCUGAAUACUGCCCCGACACCGACUGGUGUUUGAGAAUUACCCGCAGCAAAGAGAACGCCGCAUCGAGCGACCCUAGAAGGGAUGUGCCGGCCCUUCUUCCAGCUGCCACACCUGUUGGCAAGAUGCAACCUUCCAAAGAAGAUUCCUUCGCAAGGCGCUCACACCUGGCGGUGGUACGAGCGGAGCGGGCGGGGAGCUGAGCAGAGGAGGACCAGCCAUGGACAUCAGAGGAAGUUCUUUCGGCGUGGAUUCCCGAGAACUGCAGUUUAAUGCUCGGUUUACGUUCUCUGUCUCCUACACCGGUUACCUCACUUCCGAUUAGAUUAAUGAUCCCGAAUUAGCUUCGUGAGGAGUGCGCGGGUCGUCUGUCAAGGCUACAGCUGAGUAGUUCAAUGGCCACAGUAGAUUUCCGGACCUGCAGAAACAGAAAAGAGGGCCGGGAGGUCGCCAGCUUUCACAGGCAGGAAAGGUGCAGCGAGCCGGAGAGGCGCGCAAGCAACGAUGGUCACCACUCAAAUUACCUCAUCGCCCCAACUCCCCGCCCCUUUCUCAAACCUGGAAGGAACCGUCCCCUCUGGCCCGUGUCUCCCCUCCCGCUCCGCGAUCCCGAGCCACUUCUCCCGCAGAGGCGCCGGCCUCCCCAGGGGGCCGCUCCCCGGGGCCGCGCGCACCAAGGGUUAAGGGCGCGGGCCGGCCGUGCGCUCGCCGUGCUCUGCGCGGCUCGCCGGGCCGCCUGCCAAAGGGUGCCCCCCCCCCCCCAUGAAGUCGGAUCCUUGAGCUGCGGCGGCGGCAGCCAACUGCUCCAUAUUUGGCUUCUAUUACACAUUUACAUACUGGAGCGAGCGAGCGAGCGAGCGCGAGAGAACGAGGGAGGGAGGGAGCUGCCGGCAGGGGGGCCGCCAGGGGCAGGGUGGGCGCCCUCCCGGCGAGGGGGCGCGCCCGGGCGGGGGCAGCGGGCGGGGAGAGCGCCGGCGGCGCCCCGCUCCGGCGGCUGCUGGUCCGGCCGCUAG